GGUAUGGCGCUCCCGAGGGUCUUACCAAUGCCUUGAUCUCUUUAAUCCACUUACGCUCGAGUUGGCUGGCCGUCAGUGUACAGUAAGUACCUACAUCGUAUAGCGUAUACAGGCUUGUAGUCACGUCCAAGACCCAUCGUAGCUAUGUUGAACGGCAAACGCCGGCACAGGUUAAUUUCUCUUAAUUUAUGCCGAUCAUGGGCCCAAGCAACCCUCUGCUCUUGCCACCACCAGCUUGCCACCACCUUGUACGGCUGUCCUCGUCAAGCCAUCUCUUGUCGCCGUUCCGAACGUUCUUUCACGAUAAACAAUUAGAUUAUAAACGACUUCGUCGACCAUGACAACCGAGACACAUCCUUACGCAGCAUACUCCGUGGCAGAAUGGAAGAGACAACCAUCGACUAUGGAGGUCAUUUUUGGCCUGGAGCUUCCCUAUCGUGCACCCAAGUCAGCCUUUGGUGUGUUCAUCUGGAAGUGGAGGAUGUGGUUUGAGGUGACCUUCGCGUUGUCCAUGUUGCAACCAUGGGAGAAAGUGCUCGUCGUGACCAUUGUCAAUACUGUGUUCCUCUUGCUUGCUGUCGCGCUCUACAUGUACUUCCCCCACCAUCUGGCAGUUGUUCGUGACAGGACAAUGUACUACCUUCUUGGGCAGGAUGCUGCGGAUUUGGGCAUGUUGGACGCAAUUCAACAACUCUUCAAGGGUUGGAGCUGGAACAAUGCCCUUCCCCCUCUUGUUACGGGCACAGCACGGGAUCUAUAGACCGUGCAUCCUGCCUAGAACAUGUUUUGGACUUUAUUCAGGCAAUGAUCCCUUUUGCAUAAAAUACCCCUUACUCGUGACGUGAUUUAUACCGACAGGCGGAUGGUUUACUGCUUAAACUUCUAUGCCUUUAAAGCACUGCUUUUCGAGUGCUGUCAUACGUAUUUGUCUGAAUUCUUCGUAAUAUCUCAAUAUCCUGUUUUCAUACUGUACCACUUCACCAUAUCUACGAUUAGUCCUCUUCAUUUUUGUUGUUCAAGCGGUAUACUUAGGUACAAUUCUUGUGGCAUACAUUUUCAACCCUUCUUAGCCCUUGGAGAUUCAUUUAUGUUUAUGGGCGUC